ACGGGUUCCGCGGUCUAAGCAAGCACCGUCUCUCUGCUUCCCUGUCCGAAAAAUCUCCAUUCUUCAUCGCCGAAAUCAUAGUUCGACCUCUCUUAUUAUUGCUGAACAGGUAUUGCAUUUGGCAUGUUAAGCAAAGUAUCUGAAAAAGGAGGCCCUCUCAUAACCUCCCUCCCAACCUUUUGACGGCAUUUAUUAUGCUAUUAAACACUUCGAGAAACCUGAAGAAUUUGAAGUACAAUGGGAUUAUGUUAGUAAGGAAAUGGUUGGCGAGAUAAUGAUUGGAUGUCUUACAUGUUUGAGAUUAUGUUUUUUCAGCCAGCAUGUUAACAACUCAAAGAAGUGACCACACAUUCUUUCCUAAAAAAAUUGUGUACAGAGGGUGCGGUUUCACCUACUUUGUGACCCAAUUUAACAGAGCACUUUCAAGGCCGAGACAUCAUGAGAAGCAAUCAGGCCAUUGAGAUAGAAAUGGGUGACCUAAGUUGCAAUAUGGGACACAACCGGAGGCCUGGUAGCUAGUGUUAUGAGAGGUCAAAUAUCUUGGGAAUGAAGGCACAGACCAUUUUGAGGACAAGAAUGAUUAUCAUCAUUGGACCCACAAACCUAUUAGUAUUACAAAAGAGAAGAUCACUGACUUUCGAACACAUAAACCUCCCAGGAUCACAACACGAACUUGCUAAACAAAACCUUGAUGUUUUCCCUUCGAAAAACCUUUCAACGCCACUAUCAGAUUGGUCAUAUCACAUAAGGAACUAUGUAUCCCAAAAGAAGUAUGAAGAAGCCAUUUUGCUCUAUGCCCGAAACAGCUUUACGAGAAACUUAGUAUUAGGUGCCGUACCCCUUGUGCUAAAGGCUUGUGCCUCACUCUCUGAUAUUGUUCUUGGCAAUGCAUUACAUGCUGAUUGUAUAAAGUCUGGAGUGGAAUUGGAUGUAAUGGUAGGUACUGCAUUGGUUGACAUGUAUUGCAAAUGUGGCAACAUUGUGAGAUCGCGCCAGAUGUUUGAUGAUAUGCCUAAGAGAAACACUAUCACAUGGAAUGCAAUGAUAGGUGGGUAUAUGAAGAACGGAGAUACAAAAUCUGCAUUCAUUCUGUUUGAGAGUAUGCCCGAGAAAACUUCCGUAACAUGGAACGAAAUGAUCCAUGGCUAUGGGAGAAACAGAGACAUGGCAAUGGCAAAGCUGUUUUUUGAUAAGGUACCAAAUGAGUUGAGAAAUGUGGUGACAUGGACUGUGAUGGUUGAUGGUUAUGCUAGCAGUGGGGAGAUGGAUGCUGCAAGGGAAAUGUUUGAGAUGAUGCCGAGAAGGAACUUUUAUGUCUGGUCAUUGAUGAUAUCAGGGUAUUUCAAGGCGGGUGAAGUCAAGAGUGCUAAAGAUAUUUUUGAGAGGAUGACAUCAAAGAAUUUGGUAAUUUGGAAUUCACUUAUUUCUGGAUAUACACAAAAUGGGUUGUACAAGGAAGCUUUAGGAACAUUUAAAAGGAUGCAAGAUGAAGGGUUGGAGCCAGAUGAGGUUACAGUAGUCAGUGCUUUAUCAGCUUCUGCUCAGCUGGCUUUACUGGAUGUUGGAAAGGAAAUACAUGAGAUGAUUAUUCAAAAGGGUGUUAAUGUGAACCGUUUUGUUCUGAAUGGGUUAAUUGACAUGUAUGCCAAGUGUGGUGAUUUAAGGAAUGCCAGAUUGAUCUUUGAAGGAAUGCCACAUAAAAAUGACACCGCUUGGAAUUCUAUGAUAUGUGCCUUGGCCAUUCAUGGACAACAUAAGGAGGCUAUCGACUUUUUCACAAGAAUGGUGAACUCUUUUGGUAUGACUCCUAAUGAAAUUACAUUCCUCUUAGUGCUGUCUGCGUGUGCACAUGGUGGGUGUGUACAUGAGGGUAUGUCAAUUUUCAAUAUGAUGGAGAAGAAUUAUGGGUUGAUGGCAAACAUCAAGCACUAUGGUUGUUUGGUUGAUCUUUUAGGAAGAGCCGGGAAACUAGAAGAGGCUCUUGAUUUGAUCAAACAGAUGCCUAUAAAUCCUAACGACACUGUUUUUGGAUCUCUGCUUGGAGCAUGCCGAAUUCACUGCAAUAUGGAUAUAGCAGAACGUGUGCUUGAGGAGGCUGAGAAGCUGAACUCUAGCAGUCGCUCAUGUGACGGUUGCCAUUAUGUGUUGAUGUCCAACAUUUAUGCUGCCUCUGAUCGGUGGGAGAAAGCUGAGCAUACAAGGUUUUCCCUGUCAAAUAAAGGGUCCGAAAAGAUGCCUGGGUGCAGCUCAGUCAUGCUUAAAGUUUCUAACUAGAGUAUGUAAUUUGAGUUUUAUCACUUUUCUGGCUUCUACAAUUCUUCUCUUGGGUGGCGGUAGACUGGGACGUAUCCAUGACUAUAUGUGCAUGCGUCGGAACUUAUUUUAGUACAGUAUUACCUUUCUACAAUUAGUCCCAUAGAACAUCCCAUGAUUUCUCCUUUCCUCUCUAGUCUCCAUAUCCGUCAAGCUAUUCACUGAUCUUCAAUGAUCUUCCAUAUCCUCCUAUAUCCAGCAGCUUCGAGAAUCCAAUAAUGCAAUCCUUGUGAAACCUUUAUUGGGAAGACAGUAACUUUGAAGUUCAGGAUAAUAACACCACUGAUAAAAUCAAUGCCAAGAUCCAGGUUUCAGUACACAUGCGCCAAUGCACAGGACGCAGAAUGGAAAGUCAAUUUAAUGAAGGGCUCCGGUGUAUAGAAGAUGGACCAGAGCAUGAGUGUAGUGAAAAUAUCUUGCACAUCUUCUCAAAAAGUCCACUUAACACACAGCAUCAAGAAGUCCAUGGACCAGAUAAGGUUGAAGUUUGUAAAGUCAUUUGGGACCAACAAAAGCAUCUUGAGAAUGUUAUGGGUCGUAACGAGUGAAGAACUAGCAUCUUUAGGAAACAGUUUUCUAGAGCGCUUUCAGAAAUGCAUGUUGGACUUCAGAAUCAUAAGUCGAAAGGUAUUGCACACCCAGAAACUGCAAUCAAUUUUGUUGUUGAUGUUUUUCAUCAAUAAAUAGAUCAUUCAAUAUAGUAUGCAUCAAUAUCUUCCUGGUAAAAACUUAACUGUGGUAUUGCAUGUAUGAUUAAUUGCAGCAAAAGACUUCAUGCUGAUGCAGUAAAAGUGAAAAAUAAAUUAAUACGGAGUAAUAGUCUGUCUUACGUGAUAGAUAAAGAUAACGGUUAUUGCAUUUUGGACUGGAACAUCUUUAACUGAAAGAAUAUUAUUUUUGCAAAAUUAUGGCUGAGAUGACUGAUUAUUUUGAAUUGGCUAUAAUAUUGUUUUUAAAUUAUUUUUUAAAAAAUAAAGAAAUUGUUUUAUAAAAAAUGAUGGUUUUAGACUUUUAGUGCCAUCAUAGGCGAGUUCAUCCAUAUAGUAAAUUUUACUUGAUUUUGUUUUAUCAAGUUAUGAACCAAUCCAGUUAUCAUACUGACAUGGUUAGUCUUUGGACUUUGAUCAAAAGUAAUUGUCCUGAAUAGGACUAAAACUUAAUGAAAAUUCACUAAUAGGACUUUAAGCUUUUUAUUCCUUAAGUAGGACUCUAUUAGUCCCAUGUAAAAACAUAAUAAAAUUUCAUACCAUUAAUACCUUUCUUUUAAUUAAUACCUAAAUUCUCUUCCUUUCCUUUCCAUUCUCUCUUUCUUGAGCUCAUCGAUCGAAAUUCUUCCAUGCGACUUUCUUCUCUGUGACUUCUCUCUGUGCAUCGUGGACCACGGCUGCCGAGUCUCCGCCUCACGCCGCCGCCGUUGUCAUUAGCGACUUCACCACGCACAUCACAUGUUUCUUCUUUUUCUCCUCCUUCUUCUCCUCCUUCUCCUUCUUCCUUGAUCUCCUCCUACUCCUCCUAUUCCUUUACUUUCCUAGAUUUGAUAUUGAUUUUACGAUUUUUCUCCUUUUCAUAUGUUUUUCUAGGGUUUGACAUCAAUUUUGCCAAUUUUCACACUUCUAUUUUGUAUUUUCUUAAUUCUUUAGUUUUUUAAAAAGAUCUGAUUUUCCAAAAUUUUGAAUGAUGGUUUCAUAUUUUGCCACGUUUAUGGCAGAAAUAUGUACACUGACAAUUGUAUUAUGGAAAAAUGGUUUUGUAUAAACUGGUUUUUCUGAUUUUG